UUCUCCACAAAAAGCUAAAGAACAUGUGCCCAUUAUUCUGUUCAGAUAAUGUUCCACCGACAAUUCUGUUCGGUCUACCCAGGGGAUCAGCGGCUAUUGAGCCCUCGGGCGCCCUGGCUGUCUUCCCAGGAAGUAUACUACACCUAGAGUGUUUAUUUGCCCGACGCAUGGGCAAUCCAGAGUGGACAUGGAACUCCACAUUUCGUCAAUAUCUCACGGGCUGGGCUAUUGCACCGUCCGAGAAAGAUUGGAAGUACAGGCUGUCGAUAUAUUACGUGAAGAAUCAAGAUUCUGGGGUUUAUACCUGCUCUACGCCCAAAGGCCUAACUAAUUCCAUAAAAAUCCACGUCGUAGGCCAGUUUAGCCCUGAUGUCGAUAUUAGGGUAAACCGCCCAGUAGAUGGACGUUUGAUUGGGGAGGGAUCCGUUAUUUGUACGGAGAAUGGCACGUGGUCCCAUGAACCUCCAUUGUGUGAAGUCAGGUGUCCAUAUCUCGGCGAUCCACCCCAUGGAAAAAUCGCUCCACUGAAAUUCUGGUACAAGCCCGGUGAUACAAUUCAAGUUACAUGCUCACUGGGUUACGUAACUCCAUUGGAGCCAGAGAGGAAGCCAACGUGCAGAGAGAAUGGCAUCUGGAGUGGACCACCACCCCCCUGCACAUCCUACAGAGAUGUUUGAAUUCCACUCAUCGACACAGUACCAAAGAGUUCAAUCCGAAGCAAUUUAAAUAUCUAACGA